GCUCAUGGUUUCAGUCUGAGGAGGUUUAGUGUUCUCAAGCUCUGAACACAUGUUCAGACGUUAGAGCAGCCUUUGCCAGUUUUCUUCAGAAAUCUAGACCAUUUAAUUCAUUUAAUUGUAUUAAUAUAGGGAUAAUUCUUUAUUAGACAUAGGUCUACUUUUUAUUAUUAUGUAUACUUUUAUCCAGUUUGGAUGCACAUGAAUGCCUCUUUUCAUAUUCUUUGCACUCAUUUAAAAUUUGUGUAAGUGCACUUACACCGAUUUUGAUGGUUGGAAUACAACUUAGAACCUUUGAUUUGUUGGAAAAACUGUAAAAAAAAAGGACUGCAUCAUCACUUUCAUCAUCGGGCUGAGCAUCAGGAACGGCAUCACCUGGCGGGCAUCCUGAGAAAGAAAUCAUGAAAGACAAUGGCGGAUACGAGAACCAGCUUUUCAAAGAUGAGGACUUCAUGGGCGAGGAGGAGGAGAUGCCUUCUUUCAGAGGUCGUUCAAGAGUUGGCUGUAUGAAAUGUCAGCAAAGCCACUCUCUCCAGCUGGCUGUCAAAGUCCUGUAUGGUUUUGUUGCUUUCCUCAUCAUAACUGUUGCAGUUCUGGCAUCACUUGUGUUCAGAAAGGUGGACAAUUUGUCAGAAGAAGAAUCAGCAUACAACAAGAAGAUUGUAAAAGUUCAAGAAGGAAUAGAAGAUCUGAGGUCUGUUUCUAACAGUUCAGACUGCCUGGAUGUCUCCUUUUACAGUGAAGAGAUCAACAGGCUAAAGAGAGAAUUUGAAGACAUCCAGAAGAUGAUACUGGGUCAAGAGCAGUUCCUGGAUCAGGCUUCCCAAACACAAACCACUAUAAAAGCCGCAAGCAACAAGCUGACACGGGAAGUCCAAAACCACCUCAUGUCACUGAAGCUCCUCAACCAGUCUCUGGAGAGAUUCACAAAUCAGGUGGCAGGUUGGAAGGAGGUGAUUGAUGAAACAGAGGAAAAGAUGACAUCUCUGACGGAGGAUCAGUAUGACGUAAUAGCAACGGCACAACAAAUUAACACAACAGUGGCACUGAGCACAAUGUGGAUAGAUGCCCUCCAAAAAAAAGCAGACGAUGAGACUGCUGUUCUCCAGCAGUUUACGAGCGAUUGGCAGAACUACAGUCGAGUUCUGAGCACCAUCAAAUCCAACAUUAGCAGCACCUCUCAAAAAAUGCGUUUCCUUCAGAACAGCAUCAUAAUAGAUCAGCAGAGAAUGGCCAUGUCCUCUGAGGUGAUCUACGACCUUACACAACAGGUUAUGAACCUCCAGAUGCAACUUGACAAUGUGACUUCUCUCAUGGAUGAAAACGAGGAGAACAUGCAUGAUCUUCAUUAUCACUCAAGGUAUUACGAGAACCGAACAGGUGAGCGUUUCUCAGCCUUAGAUGGCCGUUUGAACUCUAUCGAGAUGGAGAUUGACACCAUUGCCUCAAGCAUUAACGCCACCGUCAGCCACGUCCAGAGCAUGUACAAAUACAUCAAUGUUGAGAGCUCCUCCUGCAAGAGUCGCCUGGGCAGACACACUGAAGACCUACAGAACAUGAACACCACAGUUUUCUUACUGCUGAACUUGGCCAGCACGCUGAAGCAGCAGAACAUGCUGCUAAAUAAUCGACUAGAUAUAGAUGUAAGGAACCUGUCAAUGGUGAUGGAGGAGAUGAAGCUGGUUGAUGUUUUUCACAUAAACCUCAUAAACAAUUUCACUAUACUUAAAGGUGCUCCUGGGCCACCUGGGCCCAAAGGAAACCGUGGUGAGAGUGGCCCAAAAGGACCCAUGGGACUGACUGGCAGUAAAGGUGACAGAGGCCCUCUAGGAAGUCGUGGAACCAGUGGUGUGAAGGGUUCUCUUGGUCCCAAGGGCACACCAGGUGAGCCAGGCCCAAUUGGCAGCAGAGGGCCCCCAGGCAUGAAUGGAGCCAGGGGGCCAAUUGGUCUACCAGGCCCCAAAGGGGAAAGGGGCCAAAAAGGGGAUAUGGGUUCUUCUGGCCCUGAUGGCUUACCUGGGCCUGAAGGACCUCCAGGGAUCAAGGGCCAAGUAGGGCUACCUGGAAUCACUGGGCAUACAGGUCCAAGAGGAAAACCUGGGCCAGCAGGGCCGCCUGGAUCACCAGGUAAACCUGGACCUCCUGGCUUGCCGUACAUGCAUGACCGCACAAACAGGCCUCAACAGCAAACUGUGACACCUGCUUCCGGGGCCAAGAGACAAUAGAGAAGAAAAGAGUCUGAUGGUCAUGUUGUUUUCAUACCAAGAAGCUGAGGAAUGAUCAGACAUAAACUGAUAUACUGAUUUUAAUUGAUAAGUAUUCAUUAAUUGGUUUGUAUAAAGUCAUGAAGACUGAAUAAAAAAUGCAACAGACCAGCUUCAGGAUGUAAUUUGACAAGACUUGGCUAUAAAAAACAAAAUAAGGAAGACCAAAGCAGCUUAAUUACUGCAUGAGUAAUUGCUGAGAAAUGAAAAAACAUAUAAGCAAAAAUUUGACUUUAUAUCCUUGGGUUCUUCAUACAGCUCAUGUGUAUCAACCAAAUUAGCUAGUAAUAAGUAACCUAAUAAAUAUUUUGAUUAGAAUGUACCUGAAGAAAAGAAUGUGACUUAUGGGUUUGUUAAGGCAACAAACAUUUUAAAACUAGGAUGGAAACCACAAAUUUGGAAAGAGCAACCAGAUGUUAAUCACUUGAAGUUAAAAAAUGAUCUGCUUCUUUACUAUACACAGAAAAAAUCCACUUUAGAGCACUUUAUUAAUUCUAAAAACUGACACUUAAAGAUAGAUUUCAGAGCAGGUACUCUGAAGACACUUUCAUCACCUGGCUGGUGUUUGAGAGAAAAUGAAGAAAUAACCUUCAGUCUGUUUUCUUGAUUUUAAAAUAGAAAGCCCAUGAGGAGACACUGACAAUAAAUAAAAAAAACAAUUGGUUUCGUGAGAUGCUAUCUGACACACCUGAGAGCCAUUUCUGGUGCUAAAGUAAACUUUCUAAUAUUCACAAGAAAGUAUUAAGUGUUCAUGUGAAGAACCAUGUGAGCGCUAGGUCCUUGUUACCAAUGUGAAAAAAAUUGCUGUGAGUUCAAACUACUAUGCAGAAUGGCUGCACAAGCGUUGGCUAGUCCUGCCAAGUGCGGGGAUGAGCGGAGGGGGUUAAGCGGGGGUGUGGUCAGAAGGAUGAGGGAAACUAGCUUAACUUGACAUAUUGAAACAUGGAGAGUGAGCAGAGCGACGCUGGUAGUUUUGAGGUGGAGGAUUUCUCACCCCUCUCGUCACCGGAGGUAAAGAGAGGCUUAAUGGAGUCCAGCGGGCCUGAGCCUUAUCAGCUGGUACCAAUGGCUUAAGGUGCUGACUCGGCGAUGCCCAAAGCCGGUGCUGCUGCAGAAGUGGAGGAGCAGUUCCAAUUCCUGACUCACCACAAGGGCGUGUGUCUGAGUGAGACGGUUUUAUACCCGAGUGCAUGUGCUGUAACAUAAGCAUGUACCAAGCUGUACCAUUUGAACCAAUAGUAAAAUUCAACUGCAGUUACCACCGUUCAACCCAAAGAGGGCAGCACUAAGCACAAUUAAACAAGUUUACAUGAAAUUAAAAAAAUAGCACAGUAACAUAAGGCCUAGUUUGUACAGUUUAUCUGCAAAGAAAGUUGAUUUGGGGUUUAGUUCCUCUUAAAAACUUUUAGUUAAACCUAAAUUUAACACAAGUUCAAGUACAAAUCUGUUGAAUGAGAAAGUUUCCUUUAAGAACCAGAAACCUGUUUGGUGUGCACAAGAAACUACAAUUGUUUUCCAGUGUUCCAACUUAGCAAGUACAUUUAAUGUGUGUUUAGAAACGUCUAGUGAUUCCUUUUAAAGACAAUGCAACUUCAGCUGUUGUUGAAGAAGUUUGGAAGCUCUGAUGUGAAGCACGGGUUGUUCUCACCAAUCAGCAAGUGCUACUUUUGGCCCCUCCCCCAUCCCAAAGCAGUCACUAGCUGCCUAGUCCUCUUACAGCAGUCCCUCCCAGCUGGAACCCAUCCAUAUCCAGAGUGCAAAUCAGUUGCCCUGCGUGAAGUCAUUACAGUCAUUCAUGAACUGAAAGAAAAAGUAAUUAUUUUAAGAGGAAUCAGGUUUCAAUGCUUUCUUGACAUUAAACAGAUUGAUGUCAAAAAAAUGCUAAUAAUACGGAUUGUCUCUAAGUGUUGUAGGAAUAACAGCUUAAUGGUGGUUAUAUGCUUGUGAAGAGUCUCCGUCUACCAGGACAUGGUAAAUCCGACAAAGGGUUGAAACUUCUUCAAAUACAAGUACUGAAGUCCAGUUGUUUUGUUUUUUACCCUGUUUUGGAAUUAAUGGUGGUUGAACAAGUCUUAUUCAAACCCAUGGAGCAGCUAAAGCCAUAAAGCCAUUCUUCCUCCAGUUUUUAUCUAAAACAUGUUUUGGUAAUCCCCAGCUUAAAUAGCUAACUAAUGAGAAAGGAUUCAUCAUCUCACCUUAGUUUUGGAAAUAAAAUAAAUGAAAAUACUUAACAAAUUUAAAAAAAUGUAAACAUAAAAAGGCAAAUAUGUCAUGAAUAGGUAUAUUUGUAAAUAUGUAAUGAGAAAAAAACAUCAAAUUAGUAGUUACAAUACAGUUAGUUGAUGGCAUAGUUAAAUAUCAUGAUCUUGUUUAUAUUCAUUUAUGUGUUUAAAAAUGUAAAAAAAAAUGUAAAGCAUCUAUUUUUUGUAAUCUCUUGUUGUGAUGAAAUGCAACUGGUUUGCGUUGAACUUCAAUAAAAACACUUGUUUUUUCA